AUGAAGGGGGCAACUCAUUACCGAGUUUGCUUAACUGGCAGGCACAAGACGAGGUUACAUAUUGGGCAGUUGGUGAAGGACACCUCAGCUAAACUUAAGCAAGCUAGUGAAAUAGAUCAUCAUGUUGAAGUUGGUGCCAACAAGAAGAUUACGGAUGCUAAACUUGCUAAAGAUUUCCAAGCAGUUCUGAAAGAAUUCCAGAAGGCUCAGUGUCUUACAGCUGAAAGAGAGACAACAUAUAGUCAUUUUGUACCUAAAGCAGUUCUUCCUUCAAGCUAUACAGCCAGUAAGGUUGACAUAAGUUCAGUCAAGAAUCAAGAACAACGUGCUCUUCUUAUUGAAUCCAGAAGACAAGAGGUGGUACUGUUGGAUAAUGAGAUUACCUUCAAUGAGGCUAUCAUUGAAGAAAGAGAGCAGGGAAUCCAAGAAAUCCAACAUCAAAUUGGGGAGGUAAAUGAGAUUUUUAAAGACCUUGCUGUGCUGGUCCAUGAGCAAGGAACUAUGAUUGAUGAUAUUGGCUCCAACAUUGAGGGUGCUCAUGCUGCGACUGCUCAAGGAAAGUCUCACCUUGCAAAAGCAGCAAAGACGCAGAGAUCAAAUUCAUCGCUGGCCUGCUUGCUAUUGGUGAUAUUCGGCAUCAUACUUCUCAUCGUAGUCAUAGUCCUUGGUGCUCGAUCAGAACCCUGUGUGAGUUAGAUGAUACUAGUGGUAUCGGAGUCUUCCCAGCAAUGAGACGGUACCGCCUAGCUAGUCUCUUCUAUGGCUUUGUCUCGUGACUCUCACCAGAACAUCUUUGUGGACUUAUGUGUUGAUCUUCUUGAGUCUCAGUAUCAACCAAAGCAUUACUGUAUCUUGGCAUCAUAGUGCAGUUUUUAUUCAGUUUGGGCAUGGGG